UGGUAGCGAUAUUCCACGACUCUGACCGAAUCUUAACAUUAGAUAGUAUAAUUAUUUGUUUAUCGGGGAAGUUUAUCGGGGAAGUUUGCAACUAGAAAUCGAGGAGAUGAAUGUUACUCUAUCUCUUAUGCCCGCCAAAACCUUACCCAAAAUAACAACCAUUUCUGAGUUCCCCAACAACCCUAAGACUCUAAUAUUAGAACAAUGCAAAACUAUCAAAGACAUCAAUCAAAUCCAUACUCAUGUAAUCAAAACUGGUCUUAUUCUCAAUCCUUCAGCAGUAGAAAACCUCCUUGAAUCCACUGCACUAGUUCUUCGUAGUAUGGAUUAUGCCUUGGCCAUUUUUAAUCAAGUCCAACAGCCUCAACCAGAGGCUUAUAACAUUUUGAUUAGAGGAUUCAAUUUGAAUCAAAACCCAGAAAAAGCAAUUUUAUUAUUCAAACAAAUGAAAGAGAAUUGUAUAGAACCUGAUAAAUAUACCUUUUCUUGUAUUUUGAAAUCUUGUUCUAUAUUACAUGGAUUGCAAGAAGGUAAACAGAUUCAAGCUCAUACUAUGAAGUCUGGGUUCGGAUCUUCUGGGUUUGUUCAGAAUACUUUGAUUCAUAUGUACGCGAAUUGUGGGAAAAUCGAUAUUGCUCGUAGGGUGUUCGAUGAAAUGUCAGAAAGAGAAGUCAUUACUUGGAAUUCGAUGUUUGCGGGUUAUACUACAAGUUCCUGCUGGGAAGAAGUAAUUAAGUUGUUUCAAGAGAUGUUGAAGUCUGAUUUUGGGUUUGAUGUGGUCACGAUGAUUAGUGUUCUAACUGCUUGCGGGAGAUUAGGGAAUUUAGAGUUGGGAGAAUGGUUGAGUGACUAUAUUGUUGAAAAUGGUUUAACUGGGAACUUGAACUUGAUUACUUCUCUUAUUGAUAUGUAUGCAAAAUGUGGUAAAAUUGAUGUUGCAAGGAGUUUAUUUGAUAAGUUGCCGAGAAGAGAUGUAGUUGCAUGGAGUGCUAUGAUUUCGGGUUAUAGUCAAGCUAGUCGAUGUAGGGAAGCAUUAGAUUUGUUUCAGGAGAUGCAAAGGGAAAAUAUAGAACCAAAUGAGAUUACUAUGGUUAGUGUUCUUUCUUCUUGUGCAGUUAUGGGUGCUUUUGAAAUCGGAAAAUGGUGUCAUUUCUUUGUGAAGAAGAAGAGAAUAAAGCUAACAGUAACUCUAGGUACUGCUUUGAUGGACUUUUACGCGAAAUGUGGAUCGGUAGAGAAUUCCCUUGAUGUGUUCAAGAAGAUGCCUGUGAAAAAUGUUUUGUCUUGGACUGUAUUGAUACAAGGACUUGCAAGUAAUGGUGAAGGAAGAAAGGCUCUUGAAUACUUCUCCCAGAUGAGGAUAAGGAACAUUGAACCAAAUGAUGUUACUUUCAUUGGAGUUUUAUCUGCUUGUAGUCAUGCAGGCUUGAUUGAUGAAGGUCGUGAAUUUUUCGUUAGCAUGAACAGAGAUUAUGGUAUUGAUCCGAGAAUUGAGCAUUAUGGAUGCAUGGUUGACAUUUUUGCUCGAGGCGGAUUCAUUAUAGAAGCUUAUCAAUUUAUAAAGAACAUGCCUAUGGAACCAAAUGCUGUUAUCUGGAGAACAUUACUGGCCUCAUGUAAGGUUCAUAAAAAUGUUGAAAUGGGGGAAGAGUCUUUGAGACAAUUGGUUAAGUUGGAGCCCGCACAUAGUGGGGAUUAUAUACUUUUAUCUAACGUCUAUGCAUCUGUAGGUAGAUUUGAGGAUGCAACCAAAAUAAGGAGUGAGAUGAGGCAGAAGGGGAUCAAGAAAACACCAGGGUGUAGUUCAAUCGAGAUUGAAGGUGGGCUUCAUGAGUUUUUUGCAGAAGACAGUGCACAUCCUAAAUCAGUUGAGAUUUAUGAUGCAGUGGAGAAAAUGAUGAAGCGGAUUAAGUCAGCUGGCUAUGUGCCAAAUAUAGCAGAGGCAAGAUUAGAUGCAGAAGAAGAUGAGAAAGAGUCGUCGAUUUCUCACCAUAGUGAGAAGUUAGCCAUUGCUUUUGGUCUUAUUAAAACAUCUCCCGGAACUACAAUUAGGAUAACGAAGAACCUCAGAGUUUGUAGUGAUUGUCACAUCGCGACAAAGACGAUCUCAAAGGUUUUCAAUAGAGAAAUUGUUGUAAGGGAUCGAAACCGAUUCCAUCAUUUCAAAGACGGAUGCUGUUCUUGUAAUGAUUAUUGGUAAAAUGUCGUUAAAGCCAUUUUGAUAAAGUUUCAGUUCUGUUCUUGUACAGUCUGUAGAAUAUGUACCAUUUCUCAGAUGGGUUUUUAGGCUAAGGCCCGACCCAUGGAUAACCCAUAAUAU